CUCGAUUACGAUAUUUAAAAUUUAAAGCCCUCAUUUAAAUUCAAAAAGAUUUGGCCAUAAAAAGAAAUCGUCUGGCAUACUCUUAAUGACAGUGCUUGUAAAUAAUACAAUUAGUCAGCAGGUAACUUGGUAAAGUUAACUGAUUAGUCUAACCGGGAUUUAACAUCUGUCAUGUAAUUUAACAUAACUGAUAAACUUAUUAAACGAAUUACAAAUAAUCGAUUUAAAGUUAAAUCCAUGAAAAAGCCAUCACGUAAGAUAAAAUAACUAUAAAACCACAUAAAAUGUCAAGCAGCCUUCAGUCACGUAUUUUAUCAUUUCAAUGCACCCAUUGUUUAACCCGGGCCAAUAAGUCAUGAAAGUGCGCGACCAUUGUUAGAACAAUUUUUAAAUUUUUGUAAUUUAUAACCCAGUUCUGAAAUAGUCGAGCGUGUUGUGUAAACUAAGUUAUAAGUUUAACAGAAACAAUAAAAAUGUUAAGAAUUUCUUGGUAAAAAUAAAUUAUCGCAACUCCGCAUCAGAAAACAAUCCACAACAUAGUGACGUGCAUCGUAAUCCAAUGAAAUGUUGUGUUUCAUUACUUUUUAAUUGUGUUUCUUUGUUUUUGAUUUACUAAUGUUCUUUCAAGCUUUUUUAUGUGUUUUGGUGGCUGCAUUGAUAUCAUUAUGCAGCUCAGCUUUAAACCAAGAAACCCGAUACGAAUGUGGAGCACACGGCAAGUUUGAAUACUGCAUCGACGGCAUUCCGGGAUGCGUGAUCGGCUGCCACUGUCACCCUGGAUAUUACUUUGACACGGAUACAAAAAUAUGUGAACCAAAUUUUAAAUUAACUCAAGAUUUCCGUCGGCGAUACAUGGCGGAACCAACUCGAGUAUACGCGCCUGAGCCACCUGAAUACAUCCCACCAGUCACAAAGCCCGCCCCGACCCCAACAACCACUGAUAACAUAGAUGAAAAGGUAGAUGAAAUUGCCAAAGCCGAUGACCUUGGCGAUUGGCUUUACAAUCAAUUCUUUAAAACUAUUGAAAACCAAGUCAUAAAUAAUACAGAAACGAAACCAAAAGAGAAAGAAAUGGAUAAACCACCAACGAGAAGAAGUGGGGGAGAUAGUGGACCAGUUAUCAAUAAAUCUAAAAGGAAAGCACGAAAAUCUAUGAAAAGCGGCAAGAAAAAAAAACGUACGAAGGUCCAUGGGCUAAGAAGAAAAUUACUUCGCAUUACCGAAGAUGACAGUUUGUUUGAUUCAGAAUCAGACUCCGGUUCCAGCGAUAGUGACAGUGACAGUAAUAGUGACAGUGAUAGUGGUAGCAGCGAUGAUUCUUCUAGCAAAGGGAGCGAUAGUUCAUCAGGUGAUGGAAAGAAGUCUAAAUCAUCACCAAAUGAUGACAAAGAUCAUGGUCACAAAAAAGUUAUCAUAUUUAAUAAAAGACCGAAACCACCUCUACCCUCAUUUAUUUUCUUACCAAGCAUGGACACUCCUUUUUACCCACCAAUAGGCUUGCCUCCACCACCGGCUUACCCGAUGUACCCGAUGGUUCCUGUUCCACCAAUGGCACCGAUGUUUCCUCCAUUUCCAGGUACUCCAGGUUGUGAUGAAGGAGAAAGCAACUCCACUACUGGUAGCAGCGACACUACAACUACUCCUCAGACAGAUACAACAACUACAACUACUACCACUGAAGCCAAUGCCGAUGAACCUGCCCCCGUCGUCCCGCCACCGCCUGAUGAUAAACAAAAUAGUGACACCCCUACGCUUCUUAAAAGACGAAGCAGACUUGAAAAACAACUCGGCAGAAAACUAAGAGUCGAGGAAUUUGCUCGCACUAAAGACUCAGGAAAACCAUUAAAGAUGCAUUCGAAAGCGAACCAACGAAGCAAAUUGAUGCAAAAACUUCGAGACAAAAUGAUAGCAAAGAGACUAAACAGCGCACCGGCGAGUACUGCACCAGAGCAUAUGGAAGCUGACAUACCAUUAGCAGACCAAGUCCCUAUAUCGCAAGAAGCUUUUAUACCUCCUAAUGCGAUGCCGGCACCCAUUGUAGCCGACAAUAAUCCAAUGAUUCCCAAACUUGAAGAUGUUGAUUUCAAGUAUUUAUCGGAACUAAUACACAGAGUAAAUCAAAGUGAUGCCAGAACGAAAUUAGCUGCCUUACCCUUUGAUCUCAACGAUGACUUGAAGGAAUUACAAAAGAUAAAAUCACAACAAUCUCGCAGAAAUUUAAAUCCUUAUAAUGUGGAACCUGCUUAUACGGAAGCAAAUACUGGGUACAAUCAGCAUAGACACUUGCAUAAACAAGGGUCUCCCGACGAUGCUUAUUAUACCAACCUAGGAAGACAAAUAGCUUCCAUGAUACGGAGUGCUGAUUCUAGAAUAGAUCAACAGCUUAACGCAGAAAUAGACCAAACCGUCCGCCCACUCCCUUUUCAUCCAGUUAUAAAUGAAAAUAAUUUUGCUCCUCGAUCUUAUUGGGAAAGAUCUGUCAGAUCACCACUAACUGGAAUGGAAAACUACAACAAUUAUCUUGAUAAAUCGCGAACACUUAGACAAAGUAAUGAAAACAGCCUUUUCAAUCUUGAAAAUGAAGUUGAAUCAUUUGCCAGUACAACGAAUCCCUUAAGUUUACAAGACCUUGAAAAUAUUCUAAACACAAUGGAAAAAGCACAUGCCCAUAUAAAAUACACUAAUCCUCUGAAGUUUACGAAACAUUCUAAUUACAGUCUAAAUGUAAGCUUAUUGCCGAAGUUAGUCAGACCCGAAAAUAAGUAUCGAAGAGUAUUCCAAACUCCGGAUCAUGAUGAAUAUGUACAACCUUCAAAUGCGCCACUCUCUCAUGCUCCGGCUCCACGUAUGCCCCAGCCACGUGCGAUCCAGCCAGAAGUGAUACCUCAAAAAAAAAGCAUGGAAAGAAAUGCUUCAAAUGUAACAGUUUUUCUACCACAAAGAACGAAUAUAGUCGUGCCUCUUAAUGAUUUUUGGAUGUACAAUAGUCAUAAUCAUAACUUAAGACCAAUGCCUCUCAAUCAACAAAGUAAACCUGUUUUACAGGAAAACACACUAUAUAAUUCGAAUCCGACUCGGAAUCCAGGCACAGCUGAAGCGGCAUCCAGUGAUAACAUGGCAAGGAAGCCACAUGUGGAGUACUUACAGUUCCUAAGAAGUAUGCCGGUCGUAAAAAACACGACUCCAAAGAGGCCACAUCCAAAACUACUGUCUAGCCCUCCAGUUGUAAAUUAUAAAAACCUAAACUACUUCUCUGGGAAUAAACAUCACUACAUGUUUGAAUCGGCCUCUUACCCGCUACAAGUACCACUUAAAAGGCAAAUCAAUAAGCAAUUUGCGAAACGUAACCCUUCCUAUUUUCAUCAUGAAUUACAUCACUUUGAUUAUUUUGAUUAAACAUGCUUUAUAACAUUGUACUUUUGAAA